AUGGCGCUCAACCGCAAAUACGCGGCUCUCCCCGACUUGGAUUCUGCACCAGAUAUAUACGAGACUCCCGAGCUUACCGACGACAAUUCAACCGUGCCCACUUCGGCCAACCGCGCGCAGUCGGACGAUGAAUUCUAUGAUGUCGACGAGGAUGAAAGCCAGGCCAUCUCGCGAUCGAGGCUCCGCAUAAACGAGGCUCGCUCGCGCUUCCUGCCAGCCAACGUUGACGCCAAUGGGGUGGACUUUUCGGACCGCGUCGACGGAAAACGCAAGUCGUACAAGGCGUCCAGCCGGCGCCAGCGAAUACUCGAAGACGGCACAGAGGAGCUUGGAGACCUGUCAGACGAUGACGACGAGGAAAGCCUGGAGAGAAGGAUCGCACGGUUAAAGCGCGAGGUCGCGGAGGCCAAGGAGGACUAUGCAAAGCGCAAGGUUGACGCUGCGGCGAAGACGGGCGAGGCUGAGACGAGUGAUGAGAGGCUGGAUUCACUCAGUCAGCUCCUGGACGGCAUGUCAGCGCCUCUUGGUGGGAGCCCCGGCCCCGGCACCAUGAAGGCUUUCCAACCGAAAGCGCCGUCCGACGAUGUGGUCGCGACGGACGGUCCUACGUACACGGUUACGUACGCGCCGAGCUACGAACAGAGCCACGCCCUGGCAAAGGCGGCCGACUUCGACCGGCGCCUGCUCAUGCUGGAAAAGGCCCUGGGCAUCAGCUCCACGUCCGCACCCGAGGCAGGCCAGGACGGCCUCCCGCGAGCCAUUCUGCCGACCCUUGACUCGAUGGAGAAGCAGAUCUCGACGCUGUCGCAAGCAUCCACGGCGAACCUGGACGCGAUAAGCCGACGCGUGCGGACUCUAGCGUCGGAACAGGACAAGCUCAACGAGUCACGCGAAAAGGCCAAAGCGCUGCGAGAGGAGCUCGGCAAACACGGCCCCGCGAGCCCAUCUGAUGAGUCGGAGCAAGAGGCAAAGAUCAACGCCCUCUACGGCAUCCUGCCUACGAUCGAGAACCUGACGCCCAUACUGCCGCCGCUCCUCGACAGGCUGCGAUCGCUCCGGGCCAUACACGCCGAUGCCGCGGCCGCGAGCCAGACGCUGGAGCGCAUCGAGUCGCAGCAGGCCGAGAUGACGGGCGAGCUGAAGCAGUGGAAGGAGGGCCUGGACAAGAUGGAGGGCGCGAUGAAGGACGGCGACGCCACAGUCAAGGGCAACGUCAAGGUCAUGGAGGGCUGGGUCAAGGACCUGGAGGAGCGGAUGGCCAAGCUGGCGUAG